AUGGCCCCCAGGAAGAGAGAUGAUAACUGGGUCGAUGGCUUACGAGGUGUCGCUUCUUUCAUCGUUGUUACUGGCCAUUUAUGCACCGCCUUCGUUCCUUAUCUCCAUGACCCUGCCUUGUCAGAUGGUGGUCCGUCUAGCAUAUUCCAAUUGCCAAUUCUUAGAUUAUGCGUUGGUGGCAGAGGCUCAGUUGCAAUUUUCUUUAUUAUCACCGGUUUCGUCAACUCGAUUAACCCAGUCAAAAAUGCCCGUGCCGACAAUACCUAUGUUGGACUUACGAACCUCGCCAGAAGCACGUUUACCCGGUCCGGCCGUUUGAUGGUUCCCACGGCUAUUGCUACAACUAUUGCGUGGGCACUGUGUCAUAUGGGUGCGUUCAGCAUUUCGCAGCGAGCUGAUGCCAGUUGGAUACGCGCUACCACUCCUGCUCCUAGUACAGGUUUUGCUGAGGCAUUUGGAAAUUUACUCAAAACUUUGGUAUUUUUCUGGCAUACUGGUGCAUCAGUCUACGAUGGAACCCAUUGGACUCUCAAAUUCUUCCUCAGCGGCUCGUUCAGAACAUAUCUUACACUUUUGGCUCUUACCUUGGUUAAAAGGCGUUACUGGUAUAUAGUGACCGCGCUCUUAUGGGCUUAUGCUUGGCUUGUUAACGACCAUCUCGUUGGUAUCAACAUCUUUCCAGGCAUGAUUCUGGCACAACUCCAAGUCGAUUAUGGUUCUCGUGCUACGUCAAUGCUCCCUAAGGUUGUACCUAGCAUCCUUAUAUUAAUCGGGCUGUUAAUCUGGGGCUUCCCCCAGAACAACCAAAACUGGGCAUGGUGGUCCGCGUCUUUACGCUCGUUCAUUGUUUCGAUUACUCCUGAAAAUGCGGAUCACAGUCGCUAUGCUUCGUCUCUUGGAACGUGCAUUCUGAUGCUUGGAAUAUUCUUCUCGAGGAACGCCAGACGUGUUCUGACCCUGCCACUCUUUAACUUCCUUGGGCGUGUCUCUUUCCCCGUCUACUUGCUACAUAACAUUCUUAUUCGAACUAUCUUGUCUUGGAUGGUGUACGGUCAAAGCGCGGCAAGAAUUCCAGUAAGGAAUGAUAAGGGAGAACUACUUCAGCUUAGCCGAGCCAGACCGAUAGCCUUCGUCUUUAUAUUGCCUGUCUUUUAUGCAGUUCUCUACAUCGUUGCCCAUAUGUGGGCGACCUAUGUCGACCCCCAAUGUGGUAGGGUGGUCGAUUGUAUCAGAGACAAGAUGUUCAAGGAGCGACCAGAAUCUCAAGAAAAACUCCUCCCAUUGCCAAAUGGCGGUUCUGUGAGCUAA